AGUGUAUAGAUGGAAAAUCUUAUCAUAAAUAGGGUUUAUCUGUAAUAUACAGAUCAUAUCACCAUGUAUGUCACAAGUCAUGGCGUCUUGAAGUUAUAUCUAUCUAUUAUAGUAGGGAGUUUUCGUACUAAAACAUAUAACGCUUUCAAGAACAUAGCAAAUGCCUUUCACGACAAAAAACACCCAAGAAGUCUCUGUCGAAAAUUGGUGAAUCAAAACACUAGCGAUAUAUUUUGCAAUAUAUUUUCGUCAGCUUCGAGAUUCCUGUUACGGUUCACCAAUUUCCGACAAAGACCUCCCAGUUGUUUAUUGGGAUUUGCAUUUGCCUUUUCAAUCAAUGCAUUUACUGUGUUCUUAAAUUCGUUUUGCGUUGCGGUGCAAAACUCCCCAAUUGUCGUGAUCAUACCAAGACUUAUCCAUUUAAUCACACGUAGAUAAUGUCUUUAAUCUUCACUUUGACAUCUACCCUGGCAAACAUGGACUUUGAACUCGAGUAAUAUAUAUGCUUAUUCCUCGCAUGCAUGUAUGUGUAUAUUAUCAUAGUCACGCUGGUCAUUACAUCGCUUCCUAUAUAGGGAAAUUACAUCAGCUACAUGUUGUAGUUCAGACUGUUUGAUCUCAGGAGCUGUAUCGUGAUUCUGUGAGGUAUUGCUGGUAUAUAAGGACUUCUACGCGCCCUUUUAACUCCAGUCACAUUCGUUUCCAAUCAUAGACAUAGUUUAAUAUUGGCCUACAUACACAUUACAGAAAAGAGUGAAGGCUGUAGCUGCACUGGAACAUUUGAUACUUCGGAGUAGAAAUAUCAUAAUCAAAUCAAAAUGGUGGCUGGUUGUGGACCGAAGAUCGCUAAACUCUUUUUGUUCAUCUUGAAUUUCUGCCUUUGGAUUUGCAGUAUUGCCCUGAUCGCUGGAGGUGCUUAUUUGACCGCUGAGUACAAUCGCUAUGUGGAUCUCUUCUCAGAGGACACCAUCCUGACUGUAUCAUGGACGACAAUCGGGAUCGGGAUCUUCAUUUUCAUUGUCGGGUUCGCGGGAUGCUGCGGGGCCAUCGGCGAGAACUCGUGUCUUCUGAAAAUGUAUUUCAUGUUUGUUCUCAUCAUCGUUCUUGCUGAGGCUGCCUUGGGAAUACUGACAUUUGUCUACAGUGAUGAUAUUGAGCAGAGUUUGGAAGAUGGUAUGCUGCAAUCAAUAAACGAAACCUAUGGUCUAAAGGAAGGUGCUACGGCAGCUGUAGAUGACAUCCAAAGAUUGUUUGAAUGUUGCGGUGCCAAAGGAUAUAGUGACUACAUGUACUCGGAACAUCUUUCAGAGAGACUAGCAGUACCCGAAUCAUGCUGCGUUAAGAAUAGUACCACAGGAAUCAUUGCCAACUGCACGAUGGGAGCCAAAGGUCAACCAACGUACCCUAAACUUGUUUGGAAAGAUGGUUGUGUGGACGCUUCAAAAGAAACGAUAAAGAAUCAUUACAUCAUAAUUGGAGCUGUUGCUUUCGGAUUUCUCAUCUUUGAGAUCCUAACUAUGGUGUUUGCUUGCUGUGUCAUUGGUGGCAUCAGCAAGGAUGGAUAUGAUAAAUAUGCAUAGAAAAAUAUUUCCACUUCUUUGAAGCCGAAGAUGUGAAGAAGAAUAUCAAGGAGAUCGACUGUCGGCAAAGACGUUCACAUCGAGUUGAUAAAGGAUCGUGCGGGGGAGCGUUUCAUGAAACGACCUGACGUUACCAUAGUAACAGUUCCUUUCAGCCAAUCAGAAUCAAGAAGAGAUGUCAGAUCUGACAACUUGUUGGACAAAGAUGUUGAUGAAACGGUCCCCUGGUUUCCACAAUCUUUGUCGGUCUCAAAAACUUUGGAAAUGUUUUGUUUUACUGGAAAAUUUUUCUGUAAAUUUAAAACUACAGCUGGAACAAAACGAUUUCUCAAAAUAAAAACAAGAUAAAGUAGUGACUUAAGGGUGCAAUCAGUAUUCUCUUACAGGCAUUUCACAAAGAGUAAAUGAACUGAAGCUUGGAAUACGAUAAACGCCAGACAACACAUUUAUGAAAAUGCGAUUUAAACAAGCUACGUUUCAUUCAAAGAAGAUACACGCCCUUUACGAAAAAUUUGUGUAUUAUUUUAUUAAAGUUGAUUUGCGUAUACACACAUUCAGUAGAAGAUGUUUAUUCAUGGUAAUGCUUUCUUUUCUACACAAAAAAGUUGGAUUUGUAUAAGUGUAAGUCAAACACAUCAAUAUUUUUUUUUAUUGAUAUAGCUAUUUUUGGUUGAGAUUUAUAAUGCAGAUACUUGUCACUUCAUUUUGGUUCUGUAAAUAACACUAUUGUAAAGUCUUUGUAAAUAUGUCUGUGCAAAGGACAGUGGAUGCAAAUUGUGUUUAAACCCUUGUAUCUGUGUCUUGCUUUAUCGACAUCAUUGUAGGUAUGGAACCAGAUGAUAAUUAAUUUGAAUUGAUUUACAUUAAAAAUGCUUUAAUGUUUAUAUGCUGCAUGUUCAGUUGUAAUCCUUUACAGUCUUUCUUUACUUGCUAAAAAUGUACAACCUACAUAAAGGUUGUGUAUGAAUAUCAAAGUAAGAAGUUUAAUAGUGACAUACAAAAUCUACGCUUCCAGCAUAACAAAUUAAUAUUUAUAAAGUCUGACAAGGUACCAACCAGAAUUUACGACAAUAUAGAAUUAAACGGGCCAAUAAAACUGAUAAUUUGAUUGUUAUUUUGGACCCCCAAGCUACUUUUGAUAUGAAGUAUCUCAUUCUCUUAAAUGAAACUAGGUAUGAGUAGCUUAACUGUCUGUGUGCAACUAUUAUUUUAGUCGAUCAUAACGUCUAUGUACAUUAUAGUCUCUUAAUUUGCUUUGACUAGGACACAGCAGUGUCUGACUUCAUAUAAUAUAGUUUGCAUAUAUAUAUAGUUUAGAUGUAUUUGUCGCACCAAGCUGAGAAAACAGAAUACGGAGCCCAAAAUUCUGAUUAACAAAUGUAUCUGUUCUUUAGAAAUGAAAGAAUUUAGAAUUUGUACAUUUGAGAUUUUUUUUUAAUUUGUAUAGCACUGUCUGAAAAAAAAGAAAAACGAUGUAUGUGAAGAUGUAAUUGUUAUUUCUACUUCCCAUUGGGGGAAUAAAUGAUGUUCUUGUUUCCCUGUUACCAGCAGAUCUAAACGAGGAUGGAUUAAUUUAUUUAGAUCACAUCAAUUGAUUUUGCAAUCAUUUACCAUGUACGGUAUAAAGUAAAAUUUUAUCCUAAUCAAAAUUGUUUUUUAAUGUACUUGCGACGAAUGUCUUUGAUAAAAAAAAUCAAUGAAAAAUCAAAUCCUAAUAACAAUUAGCCUAGCUGUUUGGAAGAAAACGAGAUUGACAAUAUAUUUUUUUUUUCAAAUGA